UUAACAAUGAGUGGAAUUUUAUCCCAGGGCUCAAGAGUAGGUUACAAUAGUUCUGCUUUUGUGUGAGGGCCUCUAUCACAACUCGCUAUAGAGUGAGUCCAUGUGGAAAUGUGAAGGGACUGAAUUCUGAAAUCUAAAUGCUUCCUCAGCCAAAGCACCAAUACUAAAAUAUUUUUAGAGGCAGAAUAAAAAAGAAUGAAAAAUUGCCGUUUAAAACAACAUGGAUGAAAAAAAAAAAAAAAAAACCCAACAUGGAUGGACCUAGAGGGUGUUAUGCUAAGGCACAGGCCAUGAAAAGGAAUGACAUCAUUGACUUCAAGGCUUUGGAGAAAGAGCUGCAGGCUGCACUCACUGCUGAUGAGAAGUACAAACGGGAAAAUGCUGCCAAGUUACGGGCAGUGGAACAGAGGGUAGCUUCCUAUGAGGAGUUCAGGGGUAUUGUCCUUGCAUCACAUCUGAAGCCACUGGAGCAGAAGGACAAGAUAGGAGGAAAGAGGACUGUGCCCUGGAACUGUCACACUAUUCAGGGAAGGCCCUCCCAGGAUGAAACCACUGAAAUCUCCCCGGAGAAAACGCUCCUCCAGCCCGAGACCUCGGCUGAGUUCUACCGUGAUUGGCGGCGAUACUUGCGGAGUGGGCCAGAGCGCUACGAGGCCCUGCUGCAUCUCGGGGGCCCAAAGCUGGGCCGCCUCUUCCAGAUGGAUGUGGGGUUUGGGCUUCUAGGGGAGAUGCUGAUGGCACUGGCUGAUCACGUGAGGCCAGCUGACUGGUGGGUGGUGCUGGGGGUCCUGCGCAGCCUGGCCAGCACGGGCCGCUUCACCCUGAACCUGAGCCUGAUGAGCCAUGCGGAGAAAGAGAGCUGCAGAUCCUUGUUUCAGAAGCUGCAGGCCAUGGGCACCCCCAGCCUGGAGGGGCGGGGUCUGGGGGAGCAGCCUGGUGGGCUCCAGGAGGAGGAGAGUCUUCUGCAAGAGCUGCUAAGGCUGUAUCACGUGGACUGAUGGGACCAGUUACCUUCAGAGGCCCCCAGUGGCCACUGGAGGCAUUUUUUUGUUGUCUCGAGGGCUCUGCAGGACUGUAGUGAGAAGCCCACACCUAAUUCCCUUCUGGUCUUGGAAUUUUCACAACAAAAGCAGUAACUGAAUUUUCCCUUUUCCUCCAGCCUCUUGGGGGCUCCAUAUGCUGAACUGUGUAGAUCCACAGGAUGGUCAAGGGCCCAAGAAGUUGAAAGACUUUUGCUUCCCACCCUUAGAGUCUGCCAGUCUGCUAGCCCAUGGCCCUGAGAGAUGGGUGCGAACCCAACCAAACACUGGUACCACCAGUUAUAGCCUCCACUCAAAAAAAGUAAAAAGCAAAAUUGUUAAUCUUCCAUGAUAAAUUAAUACUGAUCUCCAUAGCUCUUAACAAGAGUAUUUGUAACUGGAAACCAACAGAAUGGACAUUUAAUCAAUAAAUGAUCAAAUGCUACCUCAUUUGAGGUGCAGUAUUUUUCUCGAGGGGCUGACUUCCUGUGCAGGUUGGGCCUGGGAAAGCCCCAAGCCAUCAGCUCAGGCCUGGCCAGCCUCCCAGGCAUCUUCAGAUGGCCAGAUGUGCAGGUAGGAGGGUUUCCUUCAACUCCUGGAUUAACCAAAGGGAGGACCUUUCCACCGGGCAGGCAGGGCAGGGCCUGGAACAGAGAGGCAGAGAGUUCCCUGUCCUGGUACCUGGGCCCUUGCUUCUCAUUCUGGCUUCCCCUGACCCAUUCUUGAGUGAGUGUCAGUGUUCUAGAAAGGGGAGAAAGGGCCAGGUUCUAGAAUGGUUUUCCCUCAAGAUCAUGUCUGGAAUGUUAGAAGGGCAUCUUGUACUUCCACUGGGAAUAAAUUGCUUGGU